CGCGCGGGUCUUGCUGUGAGAUCGUAAAAUGGCGCUUUGUUGUUAGUGGAGUUCCGAGCCCUUCUGAUAAAUAAUGCCACCCUGCAAAUAUUAUCAGACUUAACUUGUACUGCAUAAUGUAACGCGUGUGCAAAUGAGCAAUAUACGGAACAGGCAAAUUUAUUUAUUUACGAGCAAACUUUAUAUUUCAUAUAGUUACUUGCUACACACGGGUUAGCAUUAGCUAAACAGCUAACGUCGGUGCAGAUUUUAUCCUAACGGCGAAGCAAAUAUAACAAAAAUGGGCUAUUUAAAGCUAAUAGAAAUCGAAAACUUUAAGUCGUACAAAGGGCGACAAAUCAUUGGACCGUUCCACAAGUUUACUGCAAUCAUCGGACCUAAUGGAUCUGGAAAAUCCAACCUUAUGGAUGCCAUCAGCUUCGUGUUGGCAGAAAAGACCAGUAACUUGCGUGUAAAGACUCUGAAGGAUCUAAUCCAUGGAGCUCCUGUAGGAAAGCCAGCUGCCAACAGAGCCUUCGUCAGUAUGGUGUACCAAGAAGAUAAUGGAGAGGAGCGCUCCUUUACAAGGGUCAUCAUUGGAUCCUCUUCUGAGUAUCGCAUCAACAGCAAGGUGGUGGGCCUUCCUGAAUACAGCGAGGAGCUGGAAAAACUUGGAAUUCUGAUCAAGGCUAGGAAUUUUCUAGUCUUUCAGGGAGCUGUGGAGUCGAUUGCUAUGAAGAACCCCAAAGAGCGUACUGCGCUUUUUGAGGAGAUCUCGCGUUCUGGAGAGCUGGCCCAGGAGUAUGAUCGGAGGAAAAAAGAAAUGGUGAAAGCAGAAGAAGACACACAGUUCAAUUAUCACCGCAAGAAAAACAUUGCUGCAGAGCGCAAAGAAGCAAAGCAAGAGAAGGAGGAGGCUGAGAGGUACCAGCGCCUUAAAGAUGAAGUAGCAAGAGCCAGCGUACAGUUGCAGCUCUUCAAGUUGUACCACAACGAGACUGAAAUCGAGAAGCUGAACAAAGAACUAGGUCAGCGGAACAAAGAAAUUGAUAAGGACCGUAAAAAGAUGGACCAUGUGGAAGAGGAGCUGAAGGACAAGAAGAAGGAGCUUGGCAGGCUGAUGAGGGAACAGCAGACCAUUGAGAAAGAAAUUAAGGAGAAGGACUCCGAGUUGAACCAAAAGAGGCCUCAGUACAUUAAGGCCAAAGAGAAUACUUCACACAAAAUCAAGAAACUUGAGGCAGCACGAAAAUCAUUGCAGAAUGCACAAAAGAUGUACAAAAAGCGCAAAGGAGACAUGGAUGAGUUGGAUAAGGAGAUGAGAGCGGUGGAACUGGCCAAGCAAGAGUUUGAGGAAAGAAUGGAAGAAGAGGCACAGAGCCAGGGCCAGGACCUCACUCUGGAGGAAAAUCAGGUUAAGCAAUAUCAUCGUCUAAAGGAAGAGGCUAGUAAGCGUGCUGCUACUCUGGCUCAGGAGCUGGAAAAGUUCAACCGUGACCAGAAGGCCGACCAGGACCGCCUUGACUUGGAGGAGAGGAAGAAAGUGGAGACUGAGGCCAAAAUCAAACAGAAGAUCCGUGAAAUUGAAGAAAACCAGAAACGUAUUGAGAAAUUGGAGGAUUAUAUCACCACCAGCAGACAAUCACUGGAUGAACAGAAGCGCAUGGAGGAGGAGCUGACGGAGGAAGUAGAAAUGGCCAAGAGGAGGAUUGAUGAGAUCAAUAUGGAGCUUAACCAGGUAAUGGAGCAACUGGGAGACGCCAGAAUCGACAGGCAGGAAAACAGUCGGCAGCAGCGUAAGGCAGAGAUCAUGGAGAGUAUCAAAAGGCUUUAUCCUGGCUCUGUGUACGGCCGUCUGAUUGACCUGUGUCAGCCCACCCAGAAGAAGUAUCAGAUUGCUGUUACCAAAGUGUUGGGCAAGAACAUGGAUGCCAUCAUUGUUGACUCAGAGAAGACUGGCAGAGACUGUAUUCAGUACAUCAAGGAGCAGAGAGGAGAGCCUGAGACCUUCCUUCCUCUCGACUACCUUGAGGUUAAACCAACAGAUGAAAAAUUGAGAGAGCUGCGAGGGGCUAAGCUGGUGAUUGAUGUUAUCCGCUACGAGCCGCCCCACAUCAAGAAGGCCCUACAGUACGCGUGUGGCAACGCUCUGGUUUGUGAGAAUGUUGAGGAUGCACGAAGGAUUGCUUUUGGAGGGCCAUACAGACACAAGACGGUGGCCCUGGAUGGUACUUUGUUCCAGAAGUCUGGAGUUAUAUCUGGAGGAGCCAGUGACCUGAAAGCCAAGGCCAGACGUUGGGAUGAAAAGGCAGUGGAUAAACUCAAAGAGAAAAAAGAAAAACUUACAGAUGAGCUCAAGGAGCAAAUGAAGGCAAAGAGGAAGGAGGCAGAGCUGCGUCAAGUGCAGUCUCAGGCGCACGGUCUGCAGAUGAGACUGAAGUACUCCCAGAGUGAUCUGGAGCAAACAAAGACCAGACACCUGUCCCUCAACAUGCAGGAAAAGUCCAAACUGGAGAGCGAACUUGCAAAUUUUGGCCCUCGCAUCAAUGACAUCAAACGAAUCAUUCAGUCUCGUGAACGAGAAAUCACUGACCUCCGGGACCGCAUGAACCUGGUGGAGGAUGAAGUGUUUGUUGAAUUCUGUAAAGAGAUUGGAGUAAGAAACAUCCGAGAAUUUGAGGAGGAAAAAGUGAAGAGGCAAAAUGAAAUUGCAAAGAAGCGUCUUGAGUUUGAGACCCAGAAGACCCGUCUGGGAAUCCAGGUGGACUACGAGAAGAACCAACUGAAAGAGGAUCAGGAGAAGGUCAUGAUGUGGGAGCAAACUGUUAAGAAAGAUGAAGCUGAAAUAGAACGAUUAAAGAAGGAGGAGCACAGACACAUGAAAAUCAUUGAUGAGACGAUGGCCCAGCUGCAGGACCUGAAGAACCAGCACCUCACAAAGAAAUCUGAGGUUAAUGAUAAAAAUCAUGACAUGGAGGAGAUCCGCAAAAAACUGGGAGGCGCCAACAAAGAGUUGACUCAGCUGCAGAAGGAGGUGACUGCCAUUGAGACCAAACUGGAGCAGAAGCGUAGUGACCGUCACAACCUGCUGCAGGCCUGCAAAAUGCAAGAUAUCAGGUUGCCGCUUCGCUCUGGGACAAUGGAUGAUAUCAGCCAAGGAGAGGGGAGCUCCCAGACAGAUGAGUCCAGUAGCCAGAGGACAUCCAGCAGUGUUCUGGCUAAAGAAGCCUUGAUAGAGAUCGACUACAGCAUCUUAUCUGAAGACUUGAAGGAUGCAUUGUCAGAGGAAGAGAUAAAGGGAGAGACGAACACACUGCAGCAGCGUCUGAAUGAACAGCAGAGUAUCCUGCAGAGGAUCAGUGCACCCAACAUGAAGGCCAUGGAAAAACUGGAGAGCGUCCGGGACAAGUUCCAGGAGACCAGUGACGAAUUUGAAGCUGCCCGUAAGAGAGCCAAAAAGGCCAAGCAAGCCUUUGAGCAGAUCAAAAAGGAACGCUUUGAUCGUUUUAAUACCUGUUUCGAGUCUGUGGCCACAAACAUUGACGAGAUCUACAAGGCGCUCUCGCGCAACAGCAGUGCUCAGGCUUUUCUAGGCCCAGAAAACCCAGAAGAACCAUAUCUGGAUGGGAUCAACUAUAACUGUGUGGCUCCAGGGAAGAGGUUCAGACCCAUGGAUAACCUGUCAGGAGGAGAGAAGACGGUUGCCGCCCUGGCUUUGCUGUUUGCUAUUCACAGCUACAAGCCCGCCCCCUUCUUUGUUCUGGAUGAGAUUGACGCAGCUCUGGACAACACUAAUAUUGGCAAGGUGGCCAAUUACAUCAAGGACCAGUCGGUGCAGAACUUCCAGGCCGUCGUCAUUUCUCUGAAGGAGGAGUUCUACACCAAGGCAGACUCACUCAUAGGUGUUUAUCCAGAGCAAGGAGAUUGUGUCAUCAGCAAAGUGCUCACCUUUGACCUCUCGCAGUAUCCAGAUGCCAGCUCAAAUGCAAAUGAAUAAUGAGUGCGCUCAUCUCCAUGUGGGCAAGUUGUAUGUUUCAUUUACUCUGUAGUCACAGAUUAUGUAUUCAUUAGGCCUUUUAUGUUGUUUUGUUUUUUACCUGUUGUGUUUUAUCAUGUAUUUGUUGGACAUUAUAGAUCAGUAAAUUAGGAACAUUUUGUAGUAAGAUACACAAACAUUUAAACAGUGGAGCCAUUUUCUCUAUUUGCCACAGUAAUAAGUUCAAACAAAUAUGAAUUACUAAUGGAAAUCAAAACUUUUUCAUUGAACUAGAAUUUUAUCAAGUGGAACUUAUGCCAAGUCAAAUGAAUGCACAUUGUUUCUGACUGCUUUUUAACUUUUUGUGGCUCUCGUUUCAUUUGUGUGCUCUGAACUGCUUUUGUUGUGCGUACUUAAAAUGCUACUUUUUUAUUUUCAAAGCCGAAAGCAAAUGUUGUUCCAGUAUUUGGAGACAUUCCCUUGUGUGAUAACUAAAUAAAACUCAGAAUUAGCUGCAGCUGGCAGGACUGUAAUGAGAUUCUGAAGCUUGUCUAAACAAAAUAACUUCAAAGAGAACAGUCUUACGAAAAACAAGAGUUGUUUGUUUGUGUUAUUCUGAAAUGACUGUUGCUAAACAAACAAAUCC